CAUUCUCGUACGUCAUGGCAGCAAAUUUGAGCUUCCGCAAGAACCCAUGAGGUUCAUUCUUGUUACGCAGCACGUUUGAGCUUCUGCAAGAACCAAUGAGGUUCAUUCUCGUACGUCACGGCAGCAAAUUUGAGGUUCCCCAGGAACCAAUGAGGUUCAUUCUUGUGUUACGCAGCACGUUUGAGCUUCUGCAAGAACCAAUGAGGUUCAUUCUCGUACGUCACGGCAGCAAAUUUGAGGUUCUCCAAAAACCAAUGAGGUUCAUUCUUGCGUGUCACGGCAGCAAAUUUGAGGUUCUCCAAAAACCAAUGAGGUUCAUUCUUGCGUGUCACGGCAGCAAAUUUGAGGUUCUCCAAAAACCAAUGAGGUUCAUUCUUGCGUGUCACGGCAGCAAAUUUGAGGUUCCCCAAAAACCAAUGAGGUUCAUUCUUGCGUGUCACGGCAGCAAAUUUGAGGUUCUCCAAAAACCAAUGAGGUUCAUUCUUGCGUGUCACGGCAGCAAAUUUGAGGUUCUCCAAAAACCAAUGAGGUUCAUUCUUGCGUGUCACAGCAGCAAAUUUGAGGUUCCCCAAAAACCAAUGAGGUUCAUUCUUGCGUGUCACAGCAGCAAAUUUGAGGUUCUCCAAAAACCAAUGAGGUUCAUUCUCGCUCGUCAUGGCAGCAAAUUUGAGGUUCCCCAAAAACCAAUGAGGUUCAUUCUUGCGUGUCACAGCAGCAAAUUUGAGGUUCUCCAAAAACCAAUGAGGUUCAUUCUCGCUCGUCAUGGCAGCAAAUUUGAGCUUCCCCAAAAACCAAUGAGGUUCAUUCUUGCGUGUCACAGCAGCAAAUUUGAGGUUCUCCAAAAACCAAUGAGGUUCAUUCUUGCGUGUCACGGCAGCAAAUUUGAGGUUCCCCAAAAACCAAUGAGGUUCAUUCUUGCGUGUCACAGCAGCAAAUUUGAGGUUCUCCAAAAACCAAUGAGGUUCAUUCUCGCUCGUCAUGGCAGCAAAUUUGAGCUUCCCCAAAAACCAAUGAGGUUCAUUCUUGCGUGUCACAGCAGCAAAUUUGAGGUUCUCCAAAAACCAAUGAGGUUCAUUCUCGCUCGUCAUGGCAGCAAAUUUGAGCUUCCCCAAAAACCAAUGAGGUUCAUUCUUGCGUGUCACGGCAGCAAAUUUGAGGUUCUCCAAAAACCAAUGAGGUUCAUUCUCAUGCAUCAUGGCAGCAAAUUUGAGCUUCCGCAAGAACCAAUGAGGUUCAUUCUUGUGUUACGCAGCACAUUUGAGCUUCUGCAAGAACCAAUGAGGUUCAUUCUCGUACGUCACGGCAGCAAAUUUGAGGUUCUCCAAAAACCAAUGAGGUUCAUUCUUGCGUGUCACGGCAGCAAAUUUGAGGUUCCCCAAAAACCAAUGAGGUUCAUUCUUGCGUGUCACAGCAGCAAAUUUGAGGUUCUCCAAAAACCAAUGAGGUUCAUUCUCGCUCGUCAUGGCAGCAAAUUUGAGCUUCCCCAAAAACCAAUGAGGUUUGUUUUCACGCAUCAAGCAAGCAUUUUGAGCUUCCGUUUACCAUAUUUGAGUGCUCUAUGUAUGUUCAUUGAUCAGUGUUUAUAUAAUAAAAUUAUCUUUUAUAUAAAUAAUAUAAGAUAAUUAAAUCUGUUCAUCAUUGUGG